AUGUCGAAACGGGAAUCACGGCCUCCAGCCGAGGCUGAACGUCCUGGCUUGAUCGGCAAAAUCCUCCGGCGGACGCGCAGCAAGCAAAACGUCUCAACCCAUGCAACACAAAUGAGCACGCCAGUCGCUGCCACGUCUACAACACCUGAUGGCGUGACCUCGCCAGGCAUCAACAAUCUGGUGCCUGACGAUACACAGCAACAUAGCGCGACUGUGCCGGAAGCGCGGACGGCGACAUCGCGGAGCGAAAACUUGGGACACAAGUCCAAGCCUAGCUUGGUUUCGCUGAUGCAGCAGCCAGCGGCCAGCUCGAACCGAGAGCCGUUUAGCACAGUCGACACCACACCAGCCCAGCCAAAGGUCACACUGCGGUCCCGCUUCAACAAAAACGAGCGCGUGCAGCAUCCAGUUCCCAGGCGAACACAGUCGCAAGAUGGUUCUGGAUAUUCGCCGCAGCAUGCCGCCGCGACUUUUCAGAGAACCACCGGCUUGUCAUUGAACUCGAGUCAGAGUCAUCGCGCCUCUGUCCCCCACGCCCCGCACCCGUCACGCCACGAAGUAAGGGGCUCUAAUGCUCACAUCAUGGCAGCCGUCCCCGUCAAUUACGAGCCCCAUGUCGAGAUCCAUGAUGGCACCGAGGAUGAUUCAUCAGACUACCAGAAGUUCAUCCAGGAGGCGAUUGAGGAAGACCGGCGGCAGCGUGAGGUGUGGCGAUCCUUGGCGUCCCAGCAAACGUACAAAGUCGUGGCCGUAGCCACGGGACCCCCACCAAAGCCGGGAGGGUUGUUUAGCUGGCAACGCUCAGCGGCAAAGAAGCAGAAAGAAGAAGAGGAGAGGCGACGCACUUUUGCUGGAGAGGGUCAGCUCUAUGGAUUUCCUGCAAGCGAGGCCAGUUGCGAGCUGAGCCGGAAGUCUUCGCGUGCGUCCUCACGCCUCAGUCGGAAAUCCAGUCUCAAGCAGAUGAUCGUCGACUACAUCAAGCCGCCACAGCAGCCAUCAGAGUAUGAGAUGGCACAGUACGGCGUCAAGCGCAAAACAAGCUCGAAACACCUGGUCUGA